UUCGCGCGUUUUGUAAAUGUUUGCAGUGCUUUCAUUUUCCAAGUCAUGGAUUGCAAUUUUUAAAAAUUAUCAAAUAAAAAAAGAGCAUACUUGUAAGGAUAUUGGGGACUAAAAAGCUAACAAUUCUUUUUUUAAAAAAUUGUUAUAAGUUUUGUUAUUUAUUUCUCAAUAUGGAUGUCAACAUCGAAGAAAUAAAAGAACAUCUUGAAGAAUUCUGUCUUACAGCUGAAGACGAUGCUUUAAUCAAAAUGAAAGAAUUGUGUUUUGUCUACCGUCUUUGUGCUGAAGAUAUUGUUGAUCAAUGGAUUGCAUUUUGUACUACAAAACAGAAAAGUUGUCAUCCCCCUUCAUUAUCUAUGCUGGAUCAAAUGGAGAAAGAGGAAUUGAUGAAAACAAAAAGCUCCAAGCAAAGGAAGUCUACCAGUUCAGUGUGUACACCUGUACACAAUGCCUCGACUAUUGAUCUUAUAUGUAAUAACAAUUUUCAAAAUGAAAAGAGUAAUAUGAAUUCCCUUCAAGCCACAGAACAAAGUCCUAUGCUUUCACCUAUGACCCCAACAUGUUUUACACCUUCCAGAAAAUAUGUCUCAAGAAGUGGUGUGGGAGAUGCAGUUUGUUCUUUUGGUGAUGCAUUGACAGUGGAAUUCAAAUAUUCUGAAGAGUUUUCUUGCUCUGUGACUGCAUAUAAUGAAGAAACUUCCCUUCGAACAUCUUAUAAUUUUAUGUGUGAAAAGUUGCGAAAUAGAGGAGCAGUACUUAAUGAAAUGAUUCAAGAUGCAGCUGAUAGUUUUGCUAAAGAGUAUAACAUAGAAGAAUGGGGGCAUAUUCAUCUACCAUCUGUGGAAACUGUACCAGUGAUUGGACGUAUCUGCUCUGAUAGUAGUGGAAGAUUAAAUGCUACCUCUGUACUGCUUGAAGGAUCUCAAGAAUUAUCUUCUGGACAGACAGUACCCCUCGAUCUCAGCUCUGUUGAAAAGUUUUCCAUAUUCCCAGGCCAAAUCAUUGCUGGAACUGGCAUUAACAAUUUAGGGAAAAAAUUAGUAUUGAAAACUCUUUUUGAAAAUACGUUUCCUGACUACCAUUCCAAAGUCCCUUCUUUAGAAAACUGUUUAGAUUCUCUUGGAGUUGUCAUUGCUGCUGGUCCUUUCGCUACUGCAGAUACUAUGUCUUAUGAACCUUUAUGGGAUCUCAUGAAAUAUGUCAAAACACAUAUGCCACAUAUCGUGAUUCUAAUUGGGCCUUUCGUUGAUAUAAAAAAUGAUUUUAUCGAGAAUGGCGAUCUCAAUGAAACAUAUGAUGAUAUUUUUAAAAGACUGGUUCUUGAAAUUUUAAAAAAUAUUGAAACUUUAAGCACAAAAGUGAUCCUUGUACCUUCUACAAGAGAUGCACAUCACAACUACAUAUAUCCAACUCCGCCAUUUGCUGUUGAUCAUGCAACUAAGAGAUUAUAUUUGGCCUCAGAUCCUUGCAUUUUAAAUAUUGAAGGAGUUAUAUUUGCUAUUACAUCUACUGAUAUUUUAUUUCAUUUAGGGAAAGAAGAAAUUUCAUAUCCACAACAACCUGACAGAUUAGGACGUCUCUGUAAGCACCUGCUAACGCAGAAACACUUCUAUCCAUUGUAUCCUUCCAGUGAAGAAAUUAAUAUUGAUUUUCCUCAUUAUGAACUUCAUGCAUCAUUACCAGUAAUGCCACAUGUUCUAAUUGUACCUUCUGACUUCCGUUAUUUUAUUAAGGAUAUUAAUGGCUGUUGUUGUAUUAACCCAGAAAGGUUGACAAAACAUUCAGCUGGUGGAACAUUUGCUAGAUUAAACAUAAACAGAAUGGAUGAAAAUAAGUACAAAGGUUCUAUAAUAGACUGUAUACAAGCACAAGUUUUGAAAAUUUAAGGGAAAAAACAUAUUAAGGGAAUUUACUACAUCAGCCUUUCAUACAUAAGGAAAAAAAAAAAAAAAUUUCAUUUGUGUAAUUUAUUUAUUAUAUUCCCUAUUUAUCUAAAAUUUCGGAGAUGUAAUUGGAAAUAAGUAUUGAAUUCAGAACAAUAAUUUUUUUUUCUUGACAGAUUUGAUUUUGGUGCUUCUAAUCCACAUUUUUUUAAUGGGAAAUGAAUUUUUUUAUAU